AUGGGAAGUCCACCGCCUACUCAGGUUCCCCUCAGCAGUGUUCUGUACAAGCUGGACAGGGUAGCCUACAGCACCCCGCCACCAGUCAGCAACGAUCCUGCCAACAACGAGUGCAAACUCAUCGAAUACCGAGGGGCAAAAAUUGCCAGUUUUAACAUAAAUGGAGAUGUUAUGAUCUGCUUGCCACAAGCUUUUGAAUUGUUUCUGAAACAUCUCGUUGGCGGACUACACACGGUAUACACAAAGUUGAAGAGACUUAGCAUCACCCCUGUGGUCUGUAACGUUGAACAGGUUCGCAUCCUGCGGGGACUUGGGGCGAUCCAGCCAGGAGUGAACCGCUGUAAACUACUCACCAGGAAACAAUUUGAUAUUCUCUACGAGGAUUGUACAACUGCUAGGUAA